AUGUGGACGAGCCCGCGCGAUCGGUUCCUGCAGGCGGAGAUCGACUCUGUGGAUGGUCUCCUCAAUGGCUUGCUGUCCUCGGACGGGCCAGCUCUGUCCCGAGGUCUGACACAGCAACUCGGUUCCAGACCGCGACAAGGUGCAGGUUCUCCUGCAAGAUUCUUGCGAGACCGUGACGUUUCAUCGGGAGCAAGGUUGCAGGGCAGGGCGCAAACAGCUCGGCCAGCGGAGGCGUUGCAAGCGGGAUCAGAGAAAAGAUGGGCCUCGGACUUGCACAACGGCAGCCAAAGCAGCUAUUUGCCGGUGUCCGCGCAAAACACCCAAGCCCAGCACACGCCCGUCGCUGUGCACCCCACGAUCCCGCUCCCAGAGAGUUACAGUGCCACAGAGUCGCCAUCUCCUGCUCUGCGUGCUUACGGGCAGCCUGCAUCCUGGCGGUCUUCGCCACCGUUUCCUGGUGCACGGUCGCUUGCCGAAGAGGCUCUGCGAGCUGAGUGUGCUGCUUUGGAGGCAUCCUUUGAUGAUGCGCGCCAGGAGGUGGAGCACCAGACCCGGCGUCGGGUUGCUGCGGAGCGCGCAGCAGCCACGCUUCGGAAAGAGCUUGGUCACCUGAAGGCAUCCCUUGUUGCGAUGGAGGCUGAACGGGAAGGUUGGCAGCUUCGGGAGGACCGGUGCCGCCGACUUUGCGAUGAGUCGAUCGCAGCAGCAGAGGAGCGAGCCGAACACCAUGCUGCCGAGGCCUCGCAGGCCCAAGUGGAGCUGCGAUGCUGCCGUGAGGAGUUGGGAGAUCUCCAACGCGAGGUGAAGAAGCUGCCUGAGUCCUCUCACAGCCCCCGCGCUCGUUUCAAAGCCGCCACGGGCAACGACAUCGAGGCAGAGGUCCUGGCCUUGUGUCAGCGAUUGGAGGAGGAAGGAGCCUUCCCUUUCCUCCGCGCAGAAGCUGUUCCUGGUCCGAUCAGUGACCCGCUUGAUGGAAGGAGUUGUUGGUCUACAACGAGCGCUGGCUUGAGUGACAGAAAUGUGUGCAGCUCGAUUUCCCGAUUCACAGCUCUCGCGGAACUUCAACCAAGCUUGCUCCAGCACCAUGGCCCCAUGCUGAGAGGAAACCAGGUCAUCUUUCAGGCCUUGUAUGAUAAACCUGUGACGCCCGCCAUGCUUCGACAAGCGCCGGCUCCGGUUUUCGGUGCGGCACCCUUGGCGCAGCAUGUGGCGAGUGCGCCAGGGUCUCAGCUGCCCCUCCCUGUGCCGCAGAUCCGCACGAUGCCGCUGGCAGUGGGCAGCGUGCCACUGGUGGCCGCGAAGGCGACCCCUGUGCAAAGCCUGCCGCAAGCAGCUUUGCCGGCAAGCACAGGGAUGCAGCGGUGCUACAGCACAGGGAGUCUGCAGCAAUCCACUUAUUCGCAGACGCCACAGGUCACCCCGUGCACCACUCCGCCAGCUGUCCGAUUCUUCUCAGGAGUGAUUCCGAACGGGGAGGCGGCGCCAAGCACUACGUUGCGGUCGGCGCUUCCUCAGCCAUCGGGGUAUCCGCAGCAAGCCGGUGCGCUCGUGAUGGUCAAGCAUCACUCCACGGCUUCGCUCAGAAGUCACCACUGCGUGGAGAGAGGCAGCGUGAUCCAGGCGCCAACCCCAACAUCCAAAGACACAAGCCCAAAGCGAGCAUCGCCACGAGGACAAAGUCAGUAUGCCUCGAGGUACAGCCUUGCCAAGUCAGAAGAAGAGACAUGCAUGUCUCCUCAAUCUGUCCGUUCCGUGCACUCACAACGCUCACAGCGAUCGCGAAGCUUCAGCCCAAAGCACGCAGAAGCAGGCAGUGCUAGUGCCAGAAGUGCCAGGGCAAGGAGCCGCCAAAACACGGCAGAGGCAAUGAGUGGCCGCCCGGGUGAGGAGGAUGAGGAAGGGGAAGCCCCAUGGGAGGUGCCCUACGCAGCACGCACCGGCAGCCAGUCACCGCGUGCAUCCACGCCGAAUCCUUGCGUCGUUCGAACCGAUUCGCAGAGGCGGCGAUACCAGAACCUCUACGAGGAUCAUGAGAUGCGGAAAAUGAAGUGGCAAGCGAAGAUGGAUGAGAAGAAGCGGAAAGAGGAGGAGGAGCUGCAGAAGAGCAUUGCCAAUACUUGCAGCCCGAGGCAUUUCAAUCAUGAGGAGUUUCAAAACUGGUACGCAGACAGAAUGACCCAGCAGCAGAGCUUCGAAGCAACGCGCCAGGAGAAGAAGCGCUCUGAGGCUCGGCUGCGCGCCUUCCAGGAGCUGUCCGAGUGUACCUUUACGCCUAUGGCGCCUUCCAAGGUAAGCCGUGGGCCCAAGCAGCGAUCAGGCAGCGUUCCCAUGGAGUCCCGGCCUGUGGUUCACGAAGGUGACCAGCAGGCGACAGCAGACGAGUUGGUUGCUGCACAGGUCACUCAGAUCGAAGCGUUUCGCCACCUGGAGAAGAAGGAGAGGGAGAUGCGCGAAGCUACUCAGCGUGUCUUCAGAGACUUCCUGGAGAGAUCCCUUGAGGAGGGUCGUCGAAAGCUGAAGCUCUUCGAGCAAACUCCCGAAGGUCGCGAGUACCUUGCCAGCCGAGCGAAAAGCUACGUGGAGUUGAACCGAAGCAUGAGCCACUCUGCUGCUUUGACAGAGGCCAGGGGAGAUCUCCAACGCGCCAGCGAGGCAAAGCUUCACUCGCACGCUGCGCAGCUGAGACAGCAACGCGCGCAGAAGGAUGCGCAGCAGCUUCAGCUAGCGAGAUUGAAGAUUGCUUGGGAGCUCAUCCAGCUGCAGCGGCGGUACACCCGGCUGGAGAAAACACUUCCGAGAUCUAUGCUACUGGGCUUUGAUGCAAUGCUUGUGGAGCGACUUACCCGGGAGUCUUGGUAUGUUGAAGCGCGGAGCUUUGCCAGCGCCCUCUCCAAAGAGCCAGGCAGUGCAGCUAUGCAGCUGGCGCAUCAAUGCUGCUGCGGCUGCAGCUUGAGCUUUGGGGCCUACUUCCUCCUGAGCUUGAACCUGCUCCGGUGCUUACUAUUCAUCAGCAUGGCCUGCGACGCGGUCCUACACCAAGAACAGGACUUGUAUAUACAGAUUGAGGGUAGCCUUGGCGAGAAGGCCUCCCUUUGCAUCCGUGGCUUCAAAGCCUGUGAUGCGUACAUCACAACGUUCCAGGUCGCCCUCGCAGCUUUCAGCAUCGCCGGUGCCACCUUCACAGUCUUCGCGCCAGCUUCACAGCAAGGUGAAUCGUUUGAGCUGGGUCUGGCGCAUAGCCUGUGGGAACGCCGAGGCUCUGGGGUGUCUACUUUCGCACGGUACAAGCGGUACAGCUCGCAUGGUGCCCCUGCCGGCUUUUUGCAUCCCUCUGCAUCCGUGCUUCCGCGUGUCUGGAGUCACUUCCAACAGCUUCUUCAGGGUCUUGUGGGGCCUUCUGGGCUCAAGCUCCUUGGUCCUGUCAUCAUGUCGGCUGCCCCACAGCAAGCAGAGCCACCCGCAAAGCGGGCAAGGACAGAUGGCGUCGUGGUUCCAUCUGGCAUCUGCGCGCUCCACCAUAUUGAUGACUGGUAUGAGCAGAACAAGGCGCAGUUUUCUCCCCCUGUUUGCAACAAGUUGAUGCACCGGGGCCAGUUGAGCAUCAUGUUCGUUGGUGGUCCUAACACCCGCAAGGACUUUCACUUGGAGGAAGGGAGUGAGUUCUUCUUCCAGCUUCGCGGCAACAUCGAGCUGCCAACUGUGCAGAAAGGCAAGAGGAAGCUGGUCAAGAUCAAUCAGGGUCAGGUCUUCUGCCUGCCGUCCCGUAUUCCUCACUCACCGCAAAGACCCGAGGCUGGUUCCUUCGGCCUGGUCGUGGAAAGGCGACGAGAAGACAAGGAGAUGGAUGGUCUGAUCUACUACGAGGACUUCAGUACCUGUGAAAAGGUGCGUUGGGAAAAGUUCUUCCGGUGCAACGAUCUGGGGAAGGACUUGCCACCCGUGAUCGAGGCCUACAAGGCUUUCGAAGCUUCGCCGGCUGCGAAGCAGCCUCAAAGCUGGAAGGAGGAAGAUCGACCUGUUUGCCAAGACAGGAGCACGGAGAUCCCGGAGCCCUUCUCUUUCCAGGACUUCCUGACCGCCAAUGCCGAGAAGCUUGCAGCAGGCGAGUCCGUGAGCCUCUUCGGUUUCGACCAUCCGGACCAGGAGUUCGAAGUUUCCGUGAUCGGAGGCCGGUCAGAACAAACCGGCCAGAAGUCUGAGUACGAGACUUGGCUCUACCAAGUGCGUGGUGCUGCACACAUUGCAGUCAACACGGGCACUCUCGCCCUAAACGAAGGAUGUUGCUGCAUCGUCCAAGCUGGUCAGCCUUUCGACGUCGCAAGGGCUGAAGGUUCCAUCGGCCUCGUGCUUCGACAGAACAGCCGUGGUAACAAGCCUACAAACGGCAAUGGACGACUCCGACAGGUUGUGGGAAAGCCGCAGACCACGAAAUCGGGGGCUGGCUGCAAUGACAUCCCCGCAAGCCUUGCAAGCAACGCCGCCCAUCCAUUCGCCUGCGGAGUCGAGCGGGUCGUCUGGCUGGCCUUUCUGGUGAUGGCCAUUCUUAUAGAAGGCUACUUCCUCUUCAUUCUUCAGAGCUAUUGUCAGGACGUGGUCGUACAUCUGCCCACCAAGGCGUUUGGUGACCUGUACGAGAAAUCAGAGGCUCACAUCCUGAAGAAGCACUUGAACCCCUACAGCCAUCUCUACGGUGCCUUGCCAGGCCACGGCGAGCUGGCAGGUGAAGCUGUCAUGGCAGCAGUGAGCCCAGUUGCUGAAGACGAAGAGCCAAGGGAGCUGAGAGGAUGA